CGAGCGACUCAUACAUCGAUCACAUAGACCAGACACCAGUAUGGAAGCUGAAGCAUCUACGUCGGCCAUAGUGCCUCAGGACACCGAUACGGCUAUACCCUUGCGUGCCUCAGCAGGUGGUCGAGAAUCUGGCAAGCUAUGGAAAUCGACCCGGGCGGCAACACGUCGUACCCAAAUGCCCAAGUCGCUCAAGAGCAAGUCGUGGGAGGCGCGCGUUGCAGAGAGAACUCAGGAGGAAGCAACCAGGAAAAUUGCGAAAGAGAUGCGAGACGAGAAGCAGGCAGAAGCCGAUAGGAAACGUGAAGUGUUGCGAGAGCGUAGGAAAGUGAAAGAGGAGAAAGCACGUUUAGAGGCAAUGGCAGCCAAGUUGAGUGCGAAGAAGCUUGCACGAAUGAAAAAGCGUGCAGGGAGAAGCAAAACCGUCCAGCAGUAA